ACUAGAAAAAUUGGCCACUCCAAGUGAAGCGGUGCUACAAAAUCUGUGCGUUGGUGUCGGAGGCGUCAAUGUACCCUUUGCAAUUUCAAGAAAAUUCAACCAUCUUCGAACAAUUAAAUUCACUGCAAUUGGUGCAUAUAAAAGUGAACUUCCCCUCACAUUAUUGGUCUUAAAUGAUCAAUAAAAUAUAUGGACACCAGUGCGUCAUUUUAAAUAAAGAAAUUCAAAAACAAAAAAAUGCACUAUGGAGUGAAGUGAGAAUACAUAUUUGUGAUUUUUUUGGCACGCAACAGCAGUGACACCGGCGGCGGGCAUUUGUGAAAAAUAAAAACGAGAUAAAAUAUACUCGAAUUUUUGGGUGCAAGACGACAGCAGUGUGUGUGGCGAAAACCAGAAAUAUUUUCUGUGAAGAAAUAAUGCGAAAAGCGUGAAAAGCAAAAGCAUUCGCAACAACAAUAUACAAAACAAUCGAUUUCAAAAAUUGGAACUAAAAGGCAAAUUAAGUAAACAAAAUAAAACAAAACAUUUGACUACGUACUAAACACCAGUACCAUCUGCGAGUAUAAACUUUGAAAAAACUAUAAAUCACAUCAUUAAUCCCUUCUCAUACACAUAAUAAAGUUGUGAAUUUCCUUUGCGACACAUGGAUGACGAGUUGGAGGAUAAAGUCUUCUAUCAAGCUUACGUUUCCCACAUGAAGAUUUUAUCAAAAUUCGCUGUGGGCUUUUCGUCCAUCAAUUCGCCAUUGGCGUACAUUUGGAAACUAUGUCGCCUUUAUGUACUACGCCCCGAAGUCAUAUUUUUCGGUGUGAUUCUAUUCAUUUUCUUAAUCUACUUACAAGCCGUGGAUGCCUGGAGUCGUGGCAUUUUGGGGCGUAUACAGACGACACUUGGCCGUCAGAGGACGAAUCGCAUGAAAAUGACGAGUGAAGCUAGCGGUCAUGGUGAUUAUCAGUCUUGGGAAGAGGUGCGUCAACAGAGUGCCGUCUAUGCUUUGCUGGGACGACGACCACGCAUGGAAGACAGAUACAUUAUCGAAGAGAAUAUCAAUAAUAAUACAGGUAUCUCAUUGUUUGCCAUUUUCGAUGGACAUGGCGGUGAAUUCGCUGUGGAUUUUGCCAAAGAUAUUUUAGUCAAAAAUAUUUAUAAUAAAAUUAUUGCAACAACAAAAUUACUCGGCAAUCAGCAACAGCUCUCCUCCAACAACAACAAUGCAGCAACCGAUGCUGAUUACGUAGAUUAUGACGCGAGUCCAUAUCUAAAGAGGAGAGCGAGCCGCAAAGAUGACAGCAAUAAGGAGAACAACGAACCGUCGGUACGACGUCGUGACAGUUUGCGCAAGGCACACAGGUGAGUUGUUUUUUUUUCUCUUAUUUGACCGGCCGGGGGGAUACAUUUGUAUGUACAUAUGUGUGUGAGUUUUUGUGGUUAAAGCCAUUAAAGUUGCAGGUAAUUAGCUACUGACUGUAAAUUUUAAUG